AGUGUAGCCCCAGACAGUGCCACCUGUCAGUGUCCAUCAGUGCCUUGUGUUAGUGCUCAUCAGUGCCACCCAUCAGUGCCAGUCAGUGCCACCUAUCAAUGUCACCUAUCAGUGCUGCCAAUCAGUGCCACCUAUCAGUGCGCAUCAGUGCCGCCUAUCAGUGCCAGCCAGUGCCGCCUAUCAGUACCCGUCAGUGCCGCCUAUCAGUGCCAGUCAGUGCCGCCUAUCAGUGCCAUAUAUCAGUGCUGCCUUUCAGUGCCCAUCAGUGAU